GACCGCCGGGGAGAGGAAGCGUGAGAAGUGCUUUGGGUCGUGUUUCUGGGAGAGCCUGCUCGGUGGUGCAUUGAGCCCCGCGGAACGUCGCCAUGAGGGAGAGGAGAACUCCUCAGCCAGCGGUGGCCAGGUGCAAGCUGGUUCUGGUGGGGGACGUACACUGUGGGAAGACUGCCAUGCUGCAAGUGUUGGCCAAAGACUGCUACCCGGAGACUUACGUGCCCACAGUUUUUGAGAACUACACGGCAUGUCUGGAGACAGAGGAGCAACGGGUGGAGCUCAGUCUGUGGGACACAUCCGGAUCCCCCUACUAUGACAAUGUGCGCCCCCUGUGCUACAGCGACUCGGAUGCUGUCCUGCUCUGCUUUGAUAUCAGCCGCCCAGAGACCAUGGACAGUGCGCUGAAGAAGUGGAAGACCGAAAUCUUGGACUACUGUCCCAGCACUCGUGUGCUGCUUAUCGGCUGCAAGACAGACCUGCGCACCGACCUCAGCACCCUGAUGGAGCUGUCCCACCAAAAGCAAGCCCCUGUCUCUUAUGAACAGGGUUGUGCUGCAGCGAAGCAGCUUGGAGCAGAAACCUACCUGGAGUGUUCAGCCUUCACAUCGGAGAAGAGUGUCCACAGCAUCUUCCGGACAGCAGCAUCGCUCUGCCUCAGCAAGCCUGGCCCCCAGCCCCCCAAGAGCCCAACCCGAAGCUUUCCCAAGAGACUCCUCCGCCUGCCCAGCCGAUCUGAGCUCAUCUCUUCUACUUUCAAGAAGGAAAAAGCAAAAAGCUGCUCUGUCAUGUGAAGGGCCUCCCGCUUCUGGGAGCAGAAGGGGGUGGUGGUGGUGGAGCCAUUGCAGACUCUGGGCCCUCCAGUCGGCCCUUCUGGGGCGGGGUGGGGGUUGCUGGAGGGUUGUCGUGGGCCAGGCCUGGACAAUCCGGAAGGGUCCCAUGCCCCACUCUCUCUGGCUUGAGCAGGCCUGUCGUCCCCUCCACCUCGCAAUGCUUCCCUCCAUGCAGCCGUCUCGUGCGCUUCCCCUUCCAGAUGGAUGUGAGAGGGGACAGGAAUUCGGCUGGACGGCAAGAAGGAAGGUUGGCUCAAGACCUGCCCUGCUCUGGAGGGCCUUUGGGGCUUGGCAUAGCACCAUCAUGGACAGGAGCACCUCCGAGGGCUGUUCCAUGCAUCUGAAGGGUUCAACAGAGCCGCCCCCUUUCUGAUGCACAAGUCACCCUUGUUUGGCCCUGAUCAUCUCUGCAUCUGCUGCUUGUCUCAUUGCCUGCCUGAAGCAGGCCAACUGCAGGCCCCUCUCCCUGCCUCCCCCCUCCUCCGCAUUCCUUCCCUCCUCCCCCGCUCCUAGGACAGAGGUGUUUGGGUAUCUUCUCCCUCUGUAGGUGGGGGCAGGAAGGGGAGAGGGGGUGACUGUUUUAUAGACAUUGUCUCUUUGUGUGUGAGAAGGAAAGGAAGAUAUGGGGGGAUCUUAAAUGUUCAGUGUUAUUAAAAGAGAACUUAUUUAUUAAUGAAAAUAUAAUGCAGAUUAACAGCCUCGUCCAAAGGGCUUUCUUAUUUGUUGGUACCUCUUGGGCUUUCCCAGUAGUGGGGGAAAUGGCAUAGAAACCGGCUAGCAUCCUGCUUAGUGCCCUGACAGUAUUGAAGUGCUAGUCAGUUUCUGGGAAAGUGCCUCCUUCUGCACAGCAUCCCUGGCUUCCACACUCUCAUGUGCCUUCCUUCCACAUCAGAGCAGUGCCCUGAUGAAGACACAGCUUCAGAACCUGAGGGGGCUUCUCAGGCCGACCCAUCAUGGUGCAUCCCCAACCUAUCCAUGGUUGUGGACAUGAUCAUGUGGCAAUAUGGCCAUGCAGCCAGCAUCAGCUCUUCUCGGUGGAUCCAUAGACACUCUUGGCAUCCUCUGUUUACGGCAGCUGUUGCCACAGAUUCAGUGGCUGGAUAUUAAUGGCAAGCUGCUCAUGUCUGAGCUCUCUUGUUGAGAUAAGUUUUGAGCAGACAAAGCCCAAAACCUAGAAGGUGUUAGAGGAAUGGUUUUCAAGCUUCCUCCUUGCAGAGGAAUCUUUCUGCACUAGUGUGUCCCCUACCACACCCUUUUGUAUUGCAGUGUGUCUGAGGCAUAUUUUAGGGUGUAUGGUCAGUUGGCCCAAUCCAUCUGGCCUCUCAGCCCUGCUUAAAUGAGGAACACACCAUAGGCCAUACCUAGUCCUUUGCUGCAACUGAAUUGAAGGAGAAAAUUAAGAAGGCUACACAAGCUGCUUUCUAGGGCAGCUUGUCCACCACUACUGACCUGAUUUGGGGGUGCAGAGAUUCCUUCAGCAAGUUCACUCCAUUGCCUGACCAAGGCCCACAGGGCAAAUUCCCCACCAGACACUUAGUGGCAAAGCCUAGUCGUACGGUGGAGCCAGAGCAGCCUUCCCCAGCCAGGUGCCUUCUGGAUCUUUUGGACUACAACUCCCGUGAGCCCCAGCCACCACAGCCCAUGGUCAAAAAUGAUGGAAAUUCUAGUCCAAAACAUCUGAGGCACCAGGGGAGAGGAACUGAUGAAUGUAACUGGAUAAAUAUGCAACUUAGGCAGAAAAUGUCUUUAGCCAAGCCAAUGUGAAUUGGUACAGGAAGACUGACUGCUUGUCCUGUAGUAAUGUGCAAACAAGUCAAAGCUGCUGCCGCCUGCUCAGGCUUGGGUCUCAGGAGUCAUGGGUAUCACAGGAGCAUCAGCUCCUAAAACAGAGACUGUCUGGUGCAAUGUCUCCCUUCUAGUGCCAACUAGAAGCUGAGCUAAGCUGCCAGUUUGGUAUGCAGGGAAGACUUGGCACUUGUCUCCUGGUUCAAUAUGCAUUUUUCUUGAAUAGUUAAUCUAGACUGUAAGAGGCCUUAUCAUGAGCUGGCCCUGAAUUCUGCCUCCUUUUGUUAUGUCCAGAUUGUUAGCAAAAUGUAGUGCAGGAGCUUAAUAUGCUUAGAGUUCCAGGUUGGACAGAGGGACUUGGGUGAGAGACGCUAGUUCAGCCUAGUGCCCUUUGUAUGUUUUCAACUACAAUUUGUUCCCCUUACCACUGGUCAUGUUAGAUGGAAUUGAUGCUGUUACAUGCCAUCAAGUUGUCUCCAGUUUAUGGGGAACUCGAUGAAUGAAUGCCCUCCAAAAUGACCUGUCCUUGUCAACAUCUGGAAGGUACCAGCUUGGGGAAGGCCAAGUCAGAUGAUGUUCCAAGCCAGCAGUUGGCCCCUUGCGUGAAAGUGGUCUUGGAGACCUGGCAAGCAUCUGAUCCUGUUGCUGGAACAUAACUCAGGCUGCUUGAUAGUAUACAGUAGCUAUUUUCUGGACAGUGUUACUCUCACCUGUACUUUGUGAUCUCAGUGUUGCUGCAUGACUCUGCUGGUGACGUAACUAUGAGCCCUACCAGACUCUGCUGAAUUUCAGUUUUUCUAACAAAAAGCAAAUGUCCUAUUCCUUAUGAUAAGGGAGAUAAACUUCAGCCAGCUUGAAGGGUUGUAGGAAUUGGGAGCAAACAUGCUUAAUCCUCUGCCAGAGCUCUGAGCCCGGUUUCGGUUUUCCCUGCCUGCUUCCCCAAAUCCAUUUUUCCAUUUCUUUCUGCUAGCACAUUUAAUCUGCAAUUAGGACAGAUUAUUUAACUAACAGAGGUACACUUGAAUAAGCUUGUCACGUUUGCAGAGUUGUGUCUAGUAAAUAAACAAUGUGUUUUGUUUGAUGAAA